AUGAUGGAGACAAUCAACAAGUUAUUAUGGCGAGGAAUGAAGAUAAGUCGGAGAGAUCUACAAAGGGCAGAAGGGUUUUUUCUAAAAGCUCAUGUACGUCAUGAGGCUAGUAUUUAUACUGUUGAUCAAAUGAAGGGGCUCGAUUUAAAGGUUCCAGAAUGGAUGUUUGUAGGACGAUGUAAUACUGGGAAGUCGACAUUAAUCAAUAGCCUACUUGGGGAAGAUCUUGCAAGGGUGAAGGCCGUUGCCGGGUACACUCCUUGUAUCAAUGUGUACAAUGUUGGAGGGGUAUUACGGAUUGUGGACACCCCCGGUUAUGGGGUUAAGGGCCGAGCAUGGCAGGGGGAGUUAGUUGAGCAAUGGCUUCAAAGGGGGGAGGUUUUGGGGGCAAAUGUUAUUGUGGAUUCUCGACGGGGUCCAUUGGAAUGUGAUGAGGCCGUUGUAUCUAUGCUAGAGAGAAGUGGUGUUGGAUGGGAUGGUGUCCUUAGUAAGGGCGACGUUAUUAAUGAUCAAAGAGUGAGGGAGGUUAUUAAGGAAGUUGAUGAGUUUCCUAGCAAAUUUGGAAAAUGGCUCUGUCUUGAUGGACGAGACGGCAAGUUAGGAGGUGGUGUCUCACGAUUACGAUAUCGUGUUUUGGAGACGUGUUUUGGAGACGUGUUGUUGCAUCCUAAGGUUAUAAAGAAGGGAGGUUUUAAUUGUCGUUAG